AUGAAACUUACCGGAUUAUUAAAGGGGCUUCCCAUAGUAUUGAACUGGUAUCUUUCAUAUGCAAGGACUUAUGAAAGUCAAGUAUUGUUAAUAGAUGCCGCUGUCAUUGGAAGUGAUACUUUCGAGGAUCCUGACGCAAUGAGGCUUAUUCGUUCUAACGUUACAUUAAAAAAUUUUAAAAGUAUUAUACUACCUUUUGGAAUUAUUUUAUCUCAACAAUCGAUCUUAACAGUUAUCCCACCAUUUGAGCCAUCUCUAUCAUUCGACUUUACAAUUGAAGAAAGAGUCAAUAUAGACAGUGGUUCAAAGUUUUAUUUUGAUGGCAGUCAUAUAGAGUAUGCAACUAAUUUUGAAGCAGCUAGUAAUUUCAGAUUUAUAAUCAACACUGGUGCUGAUGGUCUAGUGAUAUCAACCGGGGGGAACAUGCAUAUCUUACUACCAAAAAUGUUAGAUAACUACUUUCCAAAUAAUUUUGUUCCAACAAUACAAAUUGGUGGAACUUAUAAAUUCCCAUAUAAUUCUCCCUUCGUUAUCGAAGGCGUAUUAAAUGUACAAUCAGCACCUAAAGAUUCAGAAUAUUUUGAUACCAGAAUAUGGGGAGUAGACUUAGGACCAGACUUUAUUGAUGAAAAUGGAAUUUCUAAAGUGGAGAAUAAACUUACUGGUAUUAUCGAAUGUGUUGGGGUGAUCAAAGUAUACUCUAAUAUUUUCAGGAAUUCAGAAAAUCCAAUUUUGAAGUCACUUGGCUAUAUUAGUUUUGUGAAAACUUCGCAUUUUACACUUGAUGUAAGUGAAGGCCCUAUAAUAUUGACUAAUGUACCCUGGUUUUGUAUCAUUUUAAGUAGUGGACAAAAGAAUAUGAACUUAAUAGGCAUGAGAUAUAUUCAUAUUUCUGGGUCACAAUUUCCAGCUACACUUGGCAUAGGCCUAAUGACUGAUGGAAUAGUUGAUAUGAGCUACGAUAACCAAACUAUUAGUUUACACGAUAGUAUAAAUCCAAGUGGAACUAACGUUGUGUUGAAACAUCCUCUGAAUAUGGGUUUUCUUGGAUACGUUAGUGUAAAUGGUAUACUCCCUCGCUUUCCAGCAAGUCCAUUUUCAGCACUUUAUAUGUGUGUGAUUUUUGAGUCUGUGGCGUUCACUACAACUGAGACGAUAGUCCAUGAAACUACAACUGAAAUUGUAGAAAUAUUUGUUUCGGUUACGAGAGGGCCUCCAUUUAAUCAAGAACAACCAUUGAGCACUAUAACUAAAACAAUUUACAAUCAACCACAACAAAAAACAUCUAUCCUGGAAGGGGCCAAUAACAUAACUGAAUAUCAUAUUAUUGAUUAUAAACCAGUUUUGCAAGAUAAUAGAGACUACCCAUUUAGUACCGCAACUUAUACCAGCACUUUGAGGCCCCCACCAUUGUUGAUUGAUGUUGUGUAUAAGGAACAGUACGUAGAAUCCCAAUGGAUUUCAUUUUUCAUUACAAUUGGUAAUAAUAAUCAACUAAUCACCAGUAGCAGCAUAAUUAAUGCUACUAGAAAAUACUAUGACCGUAAUCCACCUAACAAAUCUUUAACUUAUGAUUCGUCCUUUAGACUAGAUUCAUUCAGUCAAUCAACUUAUUCUCAGCCCUUUGACUUUUCUAGCCCAUCGACUUUGACAAACCAAUUAAUACCAUCUACACCUAAAGGGCAAUCAAGUGUGCCCGUUUCUUUUGGAAGAGCAAGCUUUAAAAAUAGAUCUACAUUACCAGUUACUUCAGGUUACAGUAGUAUUGUUGAACCAGAGUCGAAGUAUCCCACAAUUGACCCAGAGAUUUAUAGUUACAGUUACCUCUCAUCGUUUAUCCACACUGAUAAGCAACUAGUUACUGCUAGUAGCGUUGACAUAUCUUUCGGUAAUAAAGAAAGUUAUUCUCUGUCAUUGUCCACCAAUAAAGGUUGUUUAACUAAUUAUACGAAAAGCCUCAAUGGUAUGACAGAAGACAAUACACCCUGUAAUAGUCCAAUUAGUAAUGAUGAUUUCCCAUUCCAAAAUUCAUCUGCUAUGGAAAUUAAAAGGACACCGGACAGUCUUUAUCUUUCUAUGAUGUGUGAUUCUCGUAAUACUGAACUCAUUCCUGCCAACACCUGCCCACAGGAAGACUGUCUGAACUGCUCUUUAUCUUUACAUUCUGGUUUUUCUGUCAGAAGUGUCUACAUCACCACACUAUCGACUUCAAAAAACAAUAUGCAGCAUUCAAUUUUAUGUGACAGUCCCACGGCCGAACUAACCGCAAUAACAUCGAGUUCAUGCAUACACACACCAAAAUCUACACGAAUGUUAGAACCAAAAUAUACUGUAGUUACAACCAUGGAUAAUUCUGAGACAAUAAACUUAACGGGUGAUAUGAAUAACAACAGGGGUGGGACACUAACAUAUAAGGUAUCAGAACCGACCAGACCUUCAUAUGAGCAUAACUUGGAGCUAUUAAUGAGUAGCUAUUAUUCAAAAGUUUCCCAUGACAUUAAAAGUCUCUUAAUCGAUAAUGGAGGUGAGAAUACUUUAACGAUUUAUUCAAACCUGAUUUUUUCAACCACACAAGUAAACUCCAAUUUUAGACAAUCUGAUGUUAGACCUGAUGUGAGUUACAGCAUUGCUUUUACAACACCAGCUACUAAAAUGGCGUGUGCAACAAAAGUUCAACAGGUUUUUGAGAACAAAAUUUGCGUGAAUUCGUCACUUGUUUUCAUUCAUGAAUCGAGCUCAAAUUCUAAAACUUCAAUAAGUUUGAUAGUAUUUAUAUUCGGUUUAGAUCUUGUUAUGUUUCUUUGUAUCAUGUAA